GAUUGCAAACUGAGAAAUGAAGUGUAAAUACGAUCAUUGAGGCAUCUCGAUCCGUCAGGUUGUGACAGUUCACUGUUUACACUGUCCAGUAGCACGUAUAGUCAUUGAAUUACAGCCAGUUCGCCGAUCUACAGUAACAUGACGGAUAUCAAUCGAGACAGUUUGUACAGUGUACCGCUUUCAAGUGAUAGUGACAAUGGUGAACUUUCAAAUAAAAAUUUCCUAAACCAGACAGGACUGUCCAUUGAAGGAUUCAACAGUUUAGAUCCUGAUGCUAAUCCAGAUGAGCUGGAAGAGAAACAAAGACUGAUAAAUCAAGUUAUGGAACUCCAAAACACCCUUGAUGAUCUCUCCUCCAGGGUUGACUCGGUAAAGGAAGAAAAUCUGAAGCUGAAAUCCGAGAACCAAGUUUUAGGACAAUACAUAGAGAACUUAAUGACAGCAAGCAGUGUUUUCCAAUCCACUGAUGCAAAGUCAAAGAAAAAAUCUGGAAAGAAGAAACCAGGGAAAUAGAUGUGCAAUAUAGGAGUGAUAACAAAGAAAAGUGUACUGUCAAGGAAGUGAACAGUUCAUUAAGUAGGCCAUAAUAUUGAAGGAUUGCAAAAUGGAAAAAGAAAACCUUUUAAAAACUAAUCACAAUUAAAUCCUACAAAUUUUUCCUUGUCCAUCAGACAGUUUUAUUUGCGUAUUCAUAUUUUUUUGUUAUAGUCUUCCUUCAUAUGAAAUCCAUUAAGACUACAAAGAAAGGUUGUCUGGCAUUAUACACAUUAUUUGACAUUGUUUUGCUUUUGCAAUAACCCUUUGUUUAUAUACUGUAGAUUCCUUAUUUUUCGCGAGUACUUAUUUUCGCGAAAUGACUCUUUGACGUCAAAUCGCGAGAACAAUAAUUCGCGAGUGGACGGUUGAUCAAGAGAUUUUACAUUGAUUUCAGGACCAUAAAAAUAAAAGCGAGUAAUUUUAUUUCGCGAGUGGUGCUUCUCGCGUAAUUACGCGAUAAUUAAUUCCUCGCGUAUAUUUAGGAAUCUACAGUAGUGUUUUUUGUUUUGUUUAUUUUAAAAUUGUUACACUGCCUUAAUGUUCAUAAUUAUGAUAUUAUGUUAGAUAAAUGCUUUGUGUCAAUGAAAUGUAAAAUUAAUAAAUUAUGUAAUUAGUG